AGAGGAAAAUAUUGUAAUUUUAAUGAAAUGGAAUUCAUUGAAAUUUUCUUUUAUUGCCUGUGCUUUGGAAUCAAGUCUAAGAACUCUUUGCCUCAUCCUAGAUCCUAUAUCAGAAAUUUUGUACCCCAGGAGCAGCCCUGAAGAGGAAGAGCCAUAGAGGGUGUGUGGGAAGUGAAGAGGCAAUGAUUCUACACAUCUUGUCUUAGUGAAGUUUGGGGAACUUCAGCCUUAUUAUUAUUAGAUUUUGAAGCCAGCUUCAUAAGGCUUUUGGACAAAAUAACAAAUGGUUCUCGAAUUGAAAUAAACCAAACAGAUGGAAACAUCCAGGUUCCUGUCUGUGAUACAGUUGUUUGGAGAUAUGUGUGAAUUCUGCCGAUUUAAGGGGCAUACACUUGAUUUAAGGAAGUUAGAAGACUGAAAAUUUCAGAUCAACAAACCAACACCUUCUCUUUUUUUAACAGGACGACCUUAUAUUACCAGCCUGGCCUCCUGUAUGGUGGAUCCGUGGAGCAUGACUGCAGUGUCCUUCGUGGCAUUGGCUAUUACCUGGAGAGUCUUCUUUGCCUGGCUCCAUUUAUGAAGCACCCAUUAAGGAUAGUUCUUCGAGGAGUGACCAAUGACCAGGUUGACCCCUCGGUUGAUGUUCUUAAGGCAACGGCCCUCCCUGUUUUGAAACAGUUUGGAAUUGAUGGUGAAUCACUUGAGCUAAAGAUUGUGCGACGGGGAAUGCCUCCUGGAGGAGGAGGUGAAGUGAUCUUCUCCUGUCCCAUAAGGAAGGUCCUGAAGCCUAUUCAGCUCACAGAUCCAGGAAAAAUCAAACGUAUCAGAGGAAUGGCGUACUCCGUCCGUGUUUCACCUCAGAUGGCGAACCGGAUUGUGGAUUCUGCAAGGAGCAUCCUCAAUAAGUUUAUACCCGACAUCUACAUUUACACAGACCACAUGAAAGGAAUCAACUCUGGGAAAGUCGGAUGUCCCCUCCCUGCUCCUGGUCAAGCAACUCAAAGGCAACUGGAGAUUGUGCUAAAAUGUCCCAUGACGAUGGACGGGCGGCACAGUGUUAGAUGGUUAAGCAUCACACAGAGUUCCCCUGAGCCUUUGAUUACGUCUCCAGGCUUUGGGUUGUCACUGGUUGCCGAGACCACCAACGGCACCUUCCUCAGUGCUGAGCUGACCUCCAACCCCCAGGGCCAGGGGGCGGCGGUGCUUCCAGAGGACCUGGGCAGGAACUGUGCCAAGCUGCUGCUUGAAGAAAUCUACAGGGGUGGAUGUGUGGACUCGACCAACCAAAGCCUGGCUCUGUUGUUCAUGACCCUUGGGCAGCAGGACGUUUCCAAAGUCCUGCUAGGACCGCUCUCUCCCUACACGAUAGAAUUUUUGCGGCAUUUGAAGAGCUUUUUCCAGAUUAUGUUUAAAAUUGAGACCAAGCCGUGUGGCGAAGAACGCAAGGGCGGGGAUAAAGUGCUCAUGACCUGUGUUGGCAUUGGCUUCUCCAACCUUAGCAAGACCCUCAAGUGAUGCUGUCACAGGAUCAAAGGCCCCAACGCUUACAGACAAAGCAGAAGCUGCCAAGGACCCAGAGGGACUAAGUCCAAACAGGGCAGCAGAGCCUCGGGUAUUGAGGCCUUUCUUCACUUUCCAUUUAAAAACAAUCAGAAUAUGCAAAUAAAAGACAUUUUAUAUCA